GCGGGCAAGAAGGGAUUGGGGGCGAGCGAGCUCGGCCCCACGGCUCGCCGUCCGGACUGCCCCCCGCCCCGCCUGGGACGCGGCGACCUGUCCUGCCCGCCCGGGCCACCUACCGCUCGUGGAAGCAGAGCGGCGGCCUCGCUCGCCCAGCGGCGAGGCGAAAUGUAGCAAGUCGGGGGCCGCGGCUGGACGCUCGCCUAGGCUGGGGUGUGUGUGUGGCGGGGGGCAUCCGGGGGCCGAGGAGGACUGCAGAGGAGGAGGAGUGAUGAGAAGAGGGGGACUCUUGCCUCCCCCGAGACCACGGGUCCCCGCCGCCAGUCGCCAGGCGCCCCCUUUCCUCCCGAGUGAGGGGCAGGUGUUCCAUCCAGAUUCUUGGGACUGUGAGGACCAGGGAUUUGGGAAGAUACAGGGUCUUCCCAGAAAGGAAGAAGGUCUCUGGAAAAAAGGAGAAAGAGGGCUGACACUGCCCUGGGACCAGCAGAGCCAGAGGAGCUGUGGGCAGCUGGCGGAGCCCAACCAGAGGCCCCCCCAGGCCAAGUCUGCCUGCGGAAGGAUCUGAACUCGGGCUGCUUGUCAUCAAAGCAGGGCCACCUCGGAGGCACCCCACACUUGACCCGGCUCUUCUGCUCUGGAUGCCCCUGACUCUGAAGAGUCUGCGCUGAGAACCAAAGAAGUUAGGAGGCCAGAGGAGCUCCCCCCAAGAAGCUUCUCGGCCAGCUGGGUCGGGCACCUGCACGCAUAAGCGCCAGCUGCAGCGUCUGGUGCGGAGUUUCCUGCUCCCCUCCAGCUUGUGGCUUCAGUGCUUGAUGGGGCUGCCUGUCGGUGGAUCAGCUUCUGAAGCGCCCGAUAGGAGCGGAGAGCCGCGGGAAGAGGUCCCGCGGCCGCCGCGCCUGCGUUCACCCCAAGACUAAGUUCUUUCCCGAGUCAGAAAGGGAGAGAGAGCGGAAAAACAAAGAGGAGAGUUCCCCCCUUCUCCUCCUCCCUCCGCGACAUGUCCUCCAAGCCGGAGCCCAAGGACGCCCACCAGCUGAACGGGACUGGUCCCGCCGCCUCGGCCUGCUCUUCGGAGGGCCCGUGCCGAGAGCCCUUGGCCGGGACCUCGGAGUUCCUGGGGCCCGACGGGGCGGAGGUCGAGGUGGUGGUGCCUGAGUCUCGGGCCAAUGCCAAGGGCCUCCGGGAGGAGGACGCCCUGCUGGAGAACGGCAGCCAGAGCAACGAGAGUGACGACGUCAGCUCCGACCAUGGCCCCGCCGCCCCCUCCCCGCUCAAGGAGACCUCCUUCUCCAUCGGGCUGCAGGUGCUGUUCCCCUUCCUCCUGGCCGGCUUCGGGACGGUGGCCGCCGGCAUGGUGCUGGACAUCGUGCAGCACUGGGAAGUAUUCCAGAAGGUGACAGAGGUCUUCAUCCUGGUGCCUGCACUGCUGGGCCUUAAGGGAAACCUGGAAAUGACGCUGGCCUCAAGGCUUUCCACCGCAGCCAACAUUGGGCACAUGGACACACCCAAGGAGCUCUGGCGGAUGAUCACUGGGAACAUGGCCCUCAUUCAGGUGCAGGCCACGGUGGUGGGCUUCCUGGCGUCCAUCGCCGCCGUGGUCUUCGGCUGGAUCCCUGAUGGCCACUUCAGCAUCCCGCACGCCUUCCUGCUCUGUGCCAGCAGCGUGGCCACGGCCUCCAUUGCCUCCCUGGUCCUGGGCAUGAUCAUGAUUGGAGUCAUCAUUGGCUCUCGCAAGAUUGGCAUCAACCCAGACAACGUGGCCACGCCUAUUGCUGCCAGCCUGGGUGACCUCAUCACCUUGGCACUGCUCUCGGGCAUCAGCUGGGGACUCUACCUGGAGCAGGGAAUCUGGCAGUACAUCUACCCACUGGUGUGUGUCUUCUUCGUGGCCCUGCUCCCCGUCUGGGUGAUGCUGGCCCGGCGGAGCCCGGCUACAAGGGAGGUGCUGUACUCGGGCUGGGAGCCCGUCAUCAUCGCCAUGGCCAUCAGCAGUGUGGGAGGCCUCAUCUUGGACAAGACGGUCUCAGACCCCAACUUUGCAGGGAUGGCUGUCUUCACACCUGUGAUUAACGGUGUUGGGGGCAAUCUGGUGGCUGUGCAGGCCAGCCGCAUCUCCACCUUCCUCCACAUGAACGGGACGCCAGGGGAGAACUCGGAGCAAGCCCCCCGCCGAUGUCCCAGCCCCUGUACCACCUUCUUCAGCCCUGAUGUGAAUUCUCGCUCGGCCCGCGUGCUCUUCCUCCUCGUGGUCCCAGGACACCUGGUGUUUCUCUACACCAUCAGCUGUAUGCAGGGUGGGCAUACCACCCUCACCCUCAUCUUCAUCAUCUUCUACAUGACAGCUGCUCUGCUCCAGGUGCUGAUCCUGCUCUACAUCGCAGACUGGAUGGUGCACUGGAUGUGGGGCCGUGGCCUGGACCCAGACAACUUCUCCAUCCCGUACUUGACAGCCCUGGGGGACCUUCUCGGCACCGGGCUCCUGGCACUCAGCUUCCACGUCCUCUGGCUCAUUGGGGACCGAGACACAGAUGUCGGGGACUAGCCCGGUCACUCAACCUUCUCUCCACCUGUUUGAAAUUUUUUUCAAACACUUCCUGUUUGAAUUUUUUUUUGUGGGGGCGGGGGGGGCGGUCUUCUUCCCCCGCCCUCAUCCCACUCGACACUCCCAUCUCUUUCUAGGACUUCACGUGGAUACCGAAUUCUCAUUAUUUUCAAUGGGAAUUUUUAUACAUUGAGCCAAGUUUGUAGAGUAAGAAUUCAGACAGGACAGAGGGACUGAGGUGAACAGUACAAGUAGGUGUUUGGGACAGUCACCAAGUGCAACUGCAUGGUGGGUGACUCCAGGGGAGAGGCCUGGGGCAGGGGUCUCCGUCUAGGAUGUGGGGACAGUUGGUUUAGCUUUAGCAAACUCCAGUUCUGGUUUGGGGAGUUUGUCUUUGUUUUCUCUUCUUCUUUUUGGUUGAACAGAGGGAUAAAUGUCGCUUUCCCCUCCCCCCACACAUACGUUUUCUAGAAGUGGACCAACUUCAAAGCCCUAAGCAAGAGACAGCUGCUCCUAGCCCCAAGUAAUCCUAGCCCUGUUCUCUGCCCUGCUCUCCAAAAGGAUGAGGUGAACUUAAAUUAUAUACUUGCUCCUUACCCACCUGCCUGAUAAAUACCACCAGCCCCUCCCUCUGAUCUUUUUUCCAACUGACUGUCUCAUCCAAGAAGAAAUGAGCCGUGACCUGGUCUCCCUGUUGGCCCACGUCCACCCAUAGGUUUGCCAAAAUUGACAUCCUCCCUGGACCCAAAGACCUGAUUCUUCUUCCCUGUUCACCUUUAUCUCUAAUUAUUUCUAAGCAUGACCUUCCUCAGAGCUUGCUGCAUUGGCUUCCAAGAUUAGGGACAGAGAAUGGGUUUGUGGAGAAGCGCUGGGCAGGUGAUGGGUGUUUCACUGCUGCUGUUUGUCCCGGGGACAUAAUCACAUGGCCCCUGAGAAUCUCUUGCUUCCUGAAAUCUCAUUCUUUCAUGCCAUGGAGGUCAGUUUUCCUCUCUCUUGGCUUCUGCCCACAUCCAUCGUGUAUUCAUUCACUCAUUCAGCAAAUACACUGCUUCCCCAAGAGGCGCGCUUCUGCAGGCAGUCUGACAUUCACUGAGCGCUGUUGAUUGAGCGCCUACUACGCGUCCGGUCCUGUGCCGGGUACUGACUGGCCAGAGGAAACAGUCCCACCCUCGCCUCAUUCCCCAGGCACAGAGGCUGUGUGCCCUUUGCAGUCCAGAGAGAAAGUGUCCCCACUGCACUUCCCUCUUCGUCCAGCAGGGUCUGCGUCUUGACGCCGCUCCUGGCUCCCACCUGCGUGCAGCACUGGUCACAGCUCAGGCCCCGUGGCUCAGCCACUCCUGAUUUCCCUGCACUACCCUCUCUCACCCUCGCUUCCUUCCACCUCCUCACCAGUCACCCGAAAGAGGGUUCAGAUCUAGAAGGCCAGACAUCCACCCACAGCUUCCAGCUUACCCGGCCCAGGAGUGGGAGAACACUGGGGCCUCUGCACCCUCCCAGCACGUUACUGUGAACAGGUCAGAAUUCUGCUGUCCACACUCACGUGUGGACAGACCUGGGCAUUUGGAUGCAGGUUUCUUCCAGCCUCUCUGUCCAUAGCCUGCCCUUCAGCUCUCCCCCUUUGUCAGCUAAAGGGCCUGUCUCCAGAGGAAGGCCAGGCAGUGACCCCGCCUCUUAACACCACCCUGCCUCACCCCAAGGAACUUGCCCUACGCCUCUAAAGAUGCUUUCUCUCUCUGCAUUUCCACCCAAGCCACCGGCCAGAGCCUAGACCCUUAGACUUGGAAUUGUAGAGGUUACUCAGCUGGGGCUGCCCCCAGCAGAGUUCACUGACACCAGCCUGGCCUUGUUCCUGCUCUUCUCGGGCCUUCUCCUGUCUCGUCGUCCAUCUGCAGACAUGUUUGCACACAGGCUCUUGUACAGGCGUCAGAACCAACUCCUCUGCCCCCCAAGGCUGUGCCCCUGUGGUUUGCAGUCACCCCCGCCCCAGGCACUCACCCCUUUCUCCUCUCUGGAGUUCAGCCAGGCUGCCCUGGAGGAGUCCGGUGUGCCCUCCUUUGCCAGAGAAGCAGGAAGGUAGGCGUGCCCCAAGCCCUGAGGAUGAGCAGAGGGAGGUCUGCAGGGCGAGAGGGAAAGAAAAUGAACUUCAUGACUUUCAUGGACGAUCCGUCUCUUUUCCCCCGAUUGCACAAACCACAUGGACUUCUGGCGUGGCUGUGGGGAGCAACAUUGGUUUACUCUUAUAUCCUUAAAAAGUUACAAAACUGUGUCCUAAGAGAAUUAUUUAUAGUGACUAUAACUGAAUUGACAAAUGUCAACAUAACUGAUAAAUUAUAUUUGGUAAAAUAAAGAGGACGU